AUGGCUUCACGGUCGCCUGCAGGCCCCACACUACCUGCAGGGAUGAGCUCGACACAGGCUGCAAAGAAAAAGCAGAAUGCCGUGCAGGAGUUUAAGUCUCUUGAGCUUGAGCAGGAGUUUAAAAGCAAACACCUCGGCGUGCUGGGUGUAUUAGUAUGGGUAUUAUUGCUGCAUCUCGCCGGUAUCUAUUUCUUCACGAAAGGCUUUCUCCUUACGCGCAUGGUUCUGGACAACAAAUCGUCAUGUGAAAUACUCCCCUUCGAGAGCUCCAAUGUAGCCAACGGCAAAAAAGAUGGGAAUGGCUGUUGGCACGAGACAUCAUUCGAUAAAGCCGUUGUGAUAAUUAUCGACGCGCUCCGCUACGACUUCACUGUUCCGUUCGUCGCUGAAGGCGAGAGCGAAGAAGCGCACAUAUUUCACGACAACAUUCCUGUCCUAUACGAGACAGCCGUGAAAAAUCCCGCCAAUGCGUUUUUGCUUCCCUUCAUCGCGGAUCCACCCACGACAACACUGCAACGUCUCAAGGGACUGACCACGGGAACCUUGCCUACUUUCAUUGAUGCGGGCUCUAACUUCGCAGGAACGGCUAUCGACGAGGACAAUUUAGUUGCACAGCUGCAUGGUGCCGGGAAGACACUGGUCCAGCUGGGUGAUGAUACUUGGCAGUCAUUGUUCCCAGGCUACUUUGACGAGAACCUCACUCACCCGUACGACUCCUUCAAUGUCUGGGAUUUGCACACCGUUGAUAACGGCGUUAAUGAGCAUCUCUUCCCACUCCUCCGCAAAGAAAACCUCAGCCAGUGGGACGUUAUCUUCGGUCAUUACCUCGGUGUCGACCAUGCUGGACACCGCUACGGACCCGAUCACCCUGCUAUGGCUGGCAAGCUCCAGGAGAUGGACAAGGUCAUUCGUGACAUUAUUGCUGCUUUGGACGAUAAUACACUCUUAGUUGUCAUGGGCGAUCAUGGAAUGGAUACCAAGGGUGACCACGGUGGUGAGUCAGACGAUGAAGUCGAAGCCGCUCUGUGGAUGUACUCCAAGCGUGGUAUCUUCGGACGCACCAGCCAGGAGACUUCGCUUCCACCUAAGCAUGCCCGCGAACGUCCCGUUCCUCAGAUCGACCUUGUUCCGACUUUGUCCCUCCUUCUUGGCAUGCCAAUUCCAUUCAAUAACCUCGGCUCUCCAAUUGAAGAAGCCUUUGCUGGACCAAAAGGAAAUGACUGGAGUAAUCUGGCGACCGUAAACCACUUGACUGCCGCGCAAAUAAAGAGAUACCAGCAUGAAUACGCAACUGCGCGUGGUGCAGGCGAUGAUCAGGAGUCCUUCGAUCUCUGGACCGCAGCGGAAGAAGAGUGGAAAUCUGCCUCCAAGGGUUUCUCGAAGUCAACUUCCGUCCGUGCUGCCCAUGAUCUCUACCGCAAGUAUCAGCGGCAUACUUUGGGCGUUUGUCGUGGGCUAUGGGCCCGCUUUGACGUUCUCAGCAUGAUUCAAGGUGUUAUCCUUCUUUUAUGUGGCAUUUCUUUGCUGAUAUUGUAUGCCCGGGGCAUGAAGGUGGAUCGUACUGAGCUGACUGGUAACCUUCUGUAUUCCGUCGCCAUCGGAUCCGGUGGAGGUGCUUUAGCUGGCGCCUCUCUAGCUUUGACUGGGAUCACCGAGAUGGGCGUGGUUGAUUUGGCUGGCUUGCUGGCUGCUGGUGGAAGUAUGCUGGGCGGAUUUUUCGCCUUGGCGCGCAAGUCAGCGCAGUUGACCGUCCCUCUUCCUACUGGUAUGUGGGGAUGGCUCGCCUUUUUCUUCACUGUCUCUCAGUCUGUCGGAUUUGCCUCGAACUCCUACACCAUUUGGGAGGAUGAGAUCCUGCUUUUCUUCCUCACGACUUUUGGCGUCUGUGCAGGUAUCUCUUCCAUGCGUCAGAAAUCUACCACAGAUCGUGUCCUAGGUGUAUACCACUCCGUCCUCUUCAUUAUCCUUGGUCGUGUGGCAUCGUUUUCCCGUCUUUGCCGCGAGGAGCAGAUGCCUUUCUGCCGUUCAACCUACUAUGCCUCUUCAACUUCGUCCAUCUCUGCCCCUUGGCAGCUGGCUAUUCCCUUCGUAGUCAUGCUCUUCUUACCAAGUGUCGUGCGAUCAUUCUACGUCGGCUCCAAGUCUUACGAAGAUACAGCUACCCUGUGGAUUGGCUUUGCUUUCCGUCUGGGUCUUCUGAUCACUUCGGUCUUCUGGAUGCUUGAAGGUGCUGAUGACGGCGAAUGGCUUCCGCUACGAAAGGAAACGCUCAAAUCGCUUCGAGUGUUUCUAGCUCAGCUUGUGCUUGCGAUUGCUUUCGCCGCUGGCACAGCAGCGUUCCUCUACGCAAAGCCCUGUGUCAGCAUCAGCGUGAGCAAACCACAAGACGACCCGAACAGUCCCCCAGCACCUUUCAUCGCCGGUCAGGACCAAAAGCCUCGGACAACCGUGACCAUUCUUGGUUUUGGCAAUGUCUAUGGCACCCGCUUCUUCUUCCUAGUCAUCAACUUUGCCCUGGCUAUUAUCCUCAUGUCAAAGCCCAUGGGACAAGGCGCCAUUGCUCUCUUAGUCUGGCAGAUCCUUUCUCUCCUCGAAAUUCUUGACACGAAUGCCCUCACUCUUAGUAAUUCGUCCAUUGGACCUGUCGUCCUUGGAGUAUUGGGCUCCUUUUACUUCUUCAAAACUGGUCACCAAGCCACCCUCAGCAGCAUUCAAUGGGAGUCUGCCUUCAUCCCCCUCUCAACGAUCAAAUACCCUUGGUCCCCACUGCUCGUUGUCCUCAACACCUUCGGCGCUCAGAUCAUUGCUGCUCUCGCCGUACCCCUCACCGUUCUCUGGAAACGUCCCCUCCAAACGCAUGACCGGGUGGCCGCUUCUCCCUCCGGAGCCAAGCCCGCAAACCCCGCCACAAAGCUGCUUUCGGAUGUCGUUCAAGCCGUCUGUACCCACAUCUUGUACCUGGCAACUAUCAACCUUGCUACCACAAUGUGGGCAGGCCACCUCCGCCGUCACUUGAUGCUGUACCGCAUCUUCAACCCCCGUUUCAUGAUGGGAGCCAUAGUACUCGGCGUUGUUGAUGUCGUUUUUCUGCUCGUCGCUGUUCCCGGUGUUCGAUUUAGUACAGUCAGUGUUGGCGAGAUCUUCGGCUGGUAA